GAGGUGGUCCGGGGCGGGGUGACGGCCCCACCGUUCCCUCUUCCCGCGGGCGUCGCAGUCGGUGGGGCAGGAUGAGCUCCGGGGCCGCCCCGCGGCUGCUGCGGCUCCAGCGACACCUGGACCCCCCGGAGCGCAGCAGCAUGGAGCCCCUGGGCAGCCCACUGACCACCCAUGUGCUGGAUACCGCCUCCGGGGUCCCAGCCAGAGGCCUCUGCCUCUGCUUGUCCCGGCUGGAGGACCACAGCCAGCAGUGGAUGCAGCUGAGGACCAGCUACACAGACCCAGAUGGCCGCUGCCCUGGACUCCUGACGCAGGACCAGAUGAAGGCAGGCACCUACAAGCUCACCUUCGACACUGCGGCCUACUGGAGGAAGAGGGGGCAGGAAAGCUUCUACCCAUACGUGGAGGUUGUUUUCACCAUCCCCAGCGAGGCCCAGAAGUUCCACGUGCCCCUGCUGCUGAGCCCCUGGUCCUACACCACCUACCGAGGGAGCUAGAGCCAAGCCAGGCAGCAGGCCACCUGCCCCUUCCCACACUUGGGCUGUGCCACCCCCCAACCUCAACAGAGUGGGCCUGGUGCUCAUCAGGGCACACCAGGGUCACCCACUUCCUAGGGAAGUCCUGCAGAUUCCCAGUGGGCAGCUGUGACUCAGGUGUCAAUAAAGUCACUGCCAGCACCC